AUUACUCCAUGUUUACGGAAGAAGGGUCAAGAAACAUCCAUUGAUUCACCCUUCUUCGUACAUAUGCUGCUGGAUUAAAGACUUUUGUGUGUUUUUUUUUUGUUUUUUUUUCUCGUCCUCUUGUUGUAGACAGGCGACGGCUUCACGAUGUGGGACCAUGAGAUCAGAGCCAUGGCGUCCACUCACUGCAUCAUCGCCGCCUCGGUGUUCAUGGCGACCGUCCUACCUGCGGUGCUCGUGCCGGGCUUCUCGGUGUACGGGACUCACCUGCUGUGGAUCUACUCGGUGUCCGGUGCGGUUAUCGCGGUCAGUGUCGCCGUCUUCUGGCUGCUCGGCAUCACACCGCCCGCCAAGAAGCACACAGUGGGAUACAAGGUACAACUGUCAAGGUUGUUUCGUUCCUGUCUGUACUUCAUCCUGUCGUGCCUGUUCUUCCACACAGUGGUGGUUCUCUAUGGAGCUCCGCUGAUUGAGUCAGCUUUAGAGACGUUCUCCCUCGCGGUGCUGUUAACCUCUCUGACCACGCUGAGGUGUCUUUGUGUCCUCGGACCCAACGUCCAGGCCUGGAUACGAGUGUUCAGUCGACACGGAGCUAUGUCCGUGUGGGACACCUGUCUACAGAUCACUGUGGCCUGCACGCUGGUGGGGGCCUGGGUGGGAGCAUUCCCGAUACCUCUGGACUGGGACAGGCCUUGGCAGGCUUGGCCUGUGUCCUGCAGCCUGGGUGCUAUGAUCGGUUUCUUGACCGGGCUUGUUGCUGCUCCUGCCUGGAUCCACUAUCAUCGCAAACAGCUCACAUACAAGUGCAAGUGAUGGAGAGAUAUACUGUAUGAAUGUGAUCAUGAGGGUAUUUUCUCUAACCCUGCAGUUUUCCUUGACCAUGUACUGAUUAUUUAUUGGGAACUCUCACUAUGUUUGCUACCUGUAGGACAGAUUCUUUUCUCUAUGAGCAAUAUUAUUUUGUACACAUGAAGGCUGAAUAUGUUUCUGGAGACUUUUGACAUGAAUAAAUCAUAACUUCUUUCUAA